UUCUGAUUUCCAUUGUCAAGACAUGGAUACUGAUCUUUACAUAGCUGCUAAAACUGGGGAUAAGGACUACUUGCAGAAGCCACAUAGCCUCCAGAGUAUUCCCUGCCAAGCCACAUCCCAGAAACGCAAUGCUCUUCACAUUGCUGCUAAUUUCAAGUGCAUAGGCUUUGCUGAAGCUCUUGUUGAGAAGUUUCCAGAGCUUCUGACUAGAGCUGACUUCAAAGGCAACACUCCGCUGCAUAUCGCCUCGAGAACUGGCUGUAGUGACAUGGUUAAGUGCUUUCUUGAAAGUAAAAAUGCCAAGCAAGCACUGCAAAUGAAGAAUGAGAGGGCUGAUACGGCACUGCAUGUGGCUGUGAGCAAUGGUCAUCUUGAGGUGGUGAAACCGUUGGUUCAAGAAAAUCCUAAGUUGUUGGAUUUGGUUAAUAAUCAUAAAGAGUCCCCCUUGUAUUUGGCUGUGGAAAGGGGGUUUUUCAAUAUUGCUGACGAACUGUUGAAAGGAAACAGUUCUGAAUGUUCCUGUGAGGGCACGAAAGGGAUGACCGCUUUACAUGCAGCUGUGAUUCGUACCCAUAAAGGUCCUGAGCUGGGUAAACCCAUACCCCCCGAGCUGUCUGUAAAUGGACUUGGACUGCAUCUACGAGGAGAAUGGUUUCCAGGAACACAAUCCAAUGUUGGUUAUUUGUUAUAUCAUGCUGCAGGCCAAGAAUUUCCAGAAUUAUCUCUAGAAAAACUUCGCCGUGUGGUUACAAACUUUUUCUUUAGGGUACGAGGACACUUCAAAGGAAAACAAUUGAAUGAUGAAAUUGAUAUUAUGGAAGUACUAUUUGAAAUGAAGAAGGAUGUGAUAAAAAAGGCAGAUGAAUUUGGGUGGACCCCUCUUCACUAUGCUGCCCACUUGGGUCACCUCAAAGCAACUGAGAAGUUACUGAAGUAUGACAAAUCUGUUGCUGGCUUAUUGGAUGUAGAACACAGUUGUGCUCUCCACAUUGCAGCCAAAGAGGGCCACACUAAUGUAAUGGAACAGAUUAUCACAUGUCUUCCAGAUGUUCAUGAUUUGAUUGACAACAAAGGCCGCACAAUUCUUCAUGUUGCAGCUCAAUAUGGAAACGCUAGAGUCGUUAAGUAUAUCCUGAAGAAGCCAAACUUGGAAAGUAUCAUAAAUGAGCCAGAUAAUGAAGGUAACACACCACUUCAUCUAGCUGCCAUUUAUGGACAUUACGGGGUUGUGAUUAUGUUGGCUGCAGACGAUAGAGUGGACAAAAGGGCAAUGAACAAUGGGUAUUUGAAGACUAUUGACAUUGUCCAGUCAAAUAUGGAUAUUGGAGAAAUAAUCAAGUAUUGGAUCAUGAGGAAGUUGGAGCAUGCUGGUGGUCGACAAAGUUUACACCGGUUGGUCAUUAGAGACAAUGCAUAUAUGCAAAAUGGUGACAAUGAAGGAUACCAGGAAAAUGCAAAUAUGCGGACUGAUAACAAUGGACAUCAAAAGAGCAGUGAUGGCAUAGAUCGUAGUGCUAGCGAUAGCAGUACUCAGAGCAGUGAUGGCAUAGAUCGUAGUGCUAGCGAUACCAGUACUCAGAGCAGUGAUGGCGCGUCUCGUACUGCUAGCAAUAUGAGUAUACUUCUUGAUAGGAACAGAGAAAUCAUGAAAGAAAAGGAACUUCGAUCUCAUCGUCUCAAGGACAUUUCCAACACCCAUUUAUUGGUCGCGACGCUAAUAGCAACUGUCACUUUUGCAGCAGGCUUUACUCUACCUGGUGGGUACAAUGAUGAUGACCCCGACAAAGGUAAAGCAGUUCUCUCAACAAAGAUAGCCUUCAAGGCCUUCUUGUUGUCAGAUGGUAUAGCUUUCUAUUGCUCAACUGCAGCAGUGUUUCUCCACUUUUUUGCUUCACUGGAACGAAACUAUCAUCUGCUUCUACGUUUCAUAAAAUUUUCAGCCAUACUCACAUACGUUUCCAUCCUAGGAAUGGUGAUAGCAUUUACUUCUGGCAUUUAUUUGGUGCUACCCAGUUCCUCAGAGCUUUCAACCUCUGCAUUUGUGCUUGGGUGUCUGUUCCUGACCUUUUACAUCUUUGGGGUUCUGUAGAAGUGGCUGUGUAGGAUUCACCUCUGAGUUAUGUACUCUUCUGUCUUAAUGAAUUCAGUCUGUUAAAAAGACAUGUAAAAUAAUAUUGAUGUAUGGGAAUUUGAUUUGUGCAUGGCUUGUUAAUUUGGAAGAGGGGUGUGGGUGAUUUAUGCA